UAAAAUGUUAUAUAAUAUUAUAUUAAUAAAAGCACAACUCCAUGCCAGACUUGAUAAGUUGAUGUUUGUGAAUGCCUGUUCUCUGUGCAGGUCUGCUGACGGGUGUGGUGGUGGACUCUGGUGACGGUGUCACUCAUAUCUGUCCAGUGUACGAAGGCUUUUCUCUUCCUCAUCUUACGCGUCGUCUGGACAUCGCUGGACGAGACAUCACACGCUACCUCAUCAAGCUGUUGUUGUUGAGGGGUUACGCCUUCAACCACUCGGCAGACUUCGAGACGGUGAGGAUGAUGAAGGAGAAGCUGUGUUACGUGGGCUAUAACAUCGAGCAGGAGCAGAAGCUUGCGCUGGAGACCACCGUGCUGGUGGAGUCCUACACGCUUCCGGACGGCAGAGUGAUUAAAGUGGGCGGCGAGCGGUUCGAGGCUCCAGAGGCUCUGUUCCAGCCUCACCUCAUUAACGUGGAGGGAGUGGGUGUGGCUGAACUGCUUUUCAACACCAUCCAUGCCGCUGACAUUGAUACCAGGGCUGAGUUUUACAAACACAUCGUUUUGUCGGGCGGUUCUACGAUGUAUCCUGGUCUGCCAUCUCGUCUGGAGCGGGAGCUCAAGCAGCUCUACCUGGAGAGAGUCCUGAAGGGCGACGUCGACAAGCUCUCGAAGUUUAAGAUCCGCAUCGAGGAUCCUCCACGCCGUAAACACAUGGUGUUUUUGGGCGGAGCGGUGCUAGCCGACAUCAUGAAGGACAAAGACAACUUCUGGAUGACCAGAGAGGAGUACCAGGAGAAGGGCACACGCGUUCUGGAGAAGCUGGGGGUCACCGUUAGAUAAAUCACACACACAUAUAUACACACACACACACACACACACACACACACACACACAACAUUGCACUCACACUCCCAGUCACAGGGUGGUAUUUUGGCAGCGUAAACACAGAGGUUUUUGGCAGAUUAUGAGGACGAGAACAACAAUAUUCAAAUACUUGAAAUUCCUUUGC